CAAAGAAAGUUGCUGAGGGGCGCUAAAUUCAAAGUUGUGUUGCAUCACUGGGAAGGACUACUCGGGUGUAGUUCAGCUGUGAUACACUCCUCUUAUACAGAGCUCUGACAACCUCAGACCUUACUGGAACCUCUGGUCGUGUAGUUUCUUCGCUCUUUGGUGAUGGGAUAUACAAACAUCCAUGAGUUUCUGAUUCCAAAGCAACAUUGAUAUUGGGUGUAUGUUGUGGUACCAUCUAUAGAUGAUUGUGUGCUGAUGAGAUUACCAGGCUUCCCCAUGAAUGGAACCGUGCAUAUGUGGCUGCUGGCAGGGUUCAUUCAGGUGGUCAGUCUCUUGUGUGUGCAGUGGUCAGAUCCUGCGGUCGUGGUUGUUGAGGUUGUGUUUGGCCACUUCCCCACCAGUCAGGAUCCAGACUGGUACACCGUCUCCUACCAGAAUGCACACAACCUCACGGUGUGGCUGGAUUCGAUUGGCCGCUCUGAGUGUUCUCCUGACUGCAGGCUGUUUCUGCAAUUGGCUAAGGAGCCAGGAGGAAGUGACAUCACGCUGAAUGCUAUAAAAAACAAUACCACACUAAAGACUAAGACCUUUCAUAUCGCUCCUGUCCUCCUCUCCUCUCUCCGUGUCGAGGUGACCACCACCAGCACUCUCCUGACCUGCAGCCUACAGAACAGACAGAGCCUCACUGCUCUCAGUCUACACAACAUGCACAUCGAACACACACACACUGAAUACACACACACUGAACAGACACACUCUGACCACACACACACCUCUUCGUACGUAGUGAGAGGUCUGCAGCCUGGAGCAAACUACAGCAUCACAGCAGAGUUGACCACACCUCUCACACACCUCAACAUCAGCCUCACCCAAAGACUACACACCACCAUGGAGACAGCCCAGUGUCCUAUUGGUUGGCUGGCGAGUGGAAGGAGCUGCCACAGUGUGAGUAGGCGGAGCCUGUCGUGGGGCGAUGCCCAGCAAACCUGUAUAGGCAUGGCUUCAGGAGGACACCUGGUGGAUGUUAAAACAGAGAGAGAACUCCUCCUCCUCUCCUCUCACCUGACUACACACAACAACCUACUACUGCUCUGGACCGCUCUCAACGACAGACUGGAUGAGGGGCUGCCCCGCUGGUCUGAUGGCUCCUCCUACAACCUGACGAGUGCUAUGACAUCAUCAUCACUGCCAGCCAAUCAGACGGACUGUUUUGCUCUACAGAGGAACACUACUGGACGAGGCUACUUCCUGACUUCGUUCUUUUGCCACAUUCCUUUACCCUAUAUCUGUCACUGGGAAAUCCCUCUCCUCCCUCCUUUAUUCAACUUUCACCUGGUGGAGGUGACAGAGAGAGAUGCAGAGCUUCACUGGAGUGACCUCACAUUCGUAAACUCCUCUCACCCUGCCCCCCAGCUCUAUGUCCAAUACCAAGAAGAGGAGGAAAAGGAGGAAAAACAUGGGGAAGAGAAGGAGAGGAGGACUGCAGGUCGAGUCCCAGUGUCUCUAUUCUCCAGAGGGCUGAAAGUGCCAGGCCUGUACCCAGGCAAGGUCUACUCUCUGUCCCUCAGAGCCUCCCACCUUACUGGGGCCGCAUGGAGCCUGGGGAGCGCGCAGACUUGUCACACACGGCCCCUUCCCCCUCGAAACAUCACCAUUAGCAAUGUGACAGCCAGUCAGAUCACAGUAAGCUGGACAGCACCAGACUCCCAGCAUGCUGUGCGGUGGAACAUUCUGGUUCGCUGGGAGGGUGUAGCCUCAGGCCAGGAGACGAGAAUGAUUGUGGCUAGCAGCGCCAGGUCCGCUGUGAUUGCAGGACUGGAGGGGUUCAGGAAGUACAAGGUCAGAGUUGACUCCGUCACAGAACACGGUGUGGAGAGCUGUGGAGGGGAGGAACUGACCCUAUACACUGCGGUGAGCCCUCCAGGUGGUGUGGUUGUGUCUAGCAGAGGGGAGAAUCUGACAGCGUGCUGGUCCGCCCCGUCAGGUGAAAGCCCUGAUGGGUACUAUGUUAGGCUACGCCCCGUCAGCCAGGCCCGCCCCAUGGAACUGUGGGUAAAUGAGUCCAGGUGUGUGUUCCUGGCCAUAUUCAGUCCAGGGCAGAACUACGAGGUGGGUGUGGCUUCAGUGAGAGGAGAGAACAUGAGCGAAGAGAUCAACACCACAUACAGAACAGAGCCUGGGCCCUUGCAGGCAGCUGUCCCUCUCUCGGUAGGAAGCAGUUCUGUGGUUCUGUAUGUCCAGAGACCAGUACUGGGUGUGUGUGAUGGAGUGAGGGUGUGUGUGUGUAAGGGAGUGUGUGAGGGUGUGUGUGUGUGUAAGGGUGUGUGCGAUUGGUGGCCAUUCCCCCCAGGUAAGCACACAGUAACAGUUGGCAGCCUGACUCCAGGGGAGGAGUACCAUCUCAGUGUCUACAGCACCAGCCGACACAGGACCGGACCAGCAUACCAAACACACACACUCAGGACACGCCUGGCCUCUCCCAGUACUGUGAGAGAGGGCUCAGUAACAGAGUCGUCAGUAGAGAUGCUGUGGGAUCCAGCCUCUGGACACGGACACAACUAUGAAGUCAUCUGUCUCAACUGUCACCACAGACUCAUGGUCCAGAAGGUGUGUGUUCCGAGGGCAGUGUUCUCUGGGUUGCAACCAGGCAGGCUGUACCACUUCUCUCUGAGGACGGAGAAAGAGUCCUUCACAGACAGCCCCCCUGUCACACUCAGCAUCACUACAGCUCCCAGUCCAGUGAUGGUAUCAGUCCUCAGUAGGACCACAUCGUCUGUGACAGUUGGCUGGACCCAGGCCAGGGAUGUUGUCAAAGGCUUCAUCCUGUCAAUCAUAAACCAAACCUCCAAUCAGCAGCUGAAACUCUCAGCCCAGGAGCCAUGGUCUUACAGAUUUGAGGACCUUUCCCCAGGAAGCUAUUACACAGUAUGUGUUAUCAGCAGCAAUGGAGAGAGGAGGAGUACACCGGCUUCUGUAGACUUCAACACCAUCCCAGGAGCCCCACAGGAAGUGCUGCUGGUCGAAGAGGAUGUGACCUCAUCAGUGUUUGUGAGCUGGGGAGCCCCAGCAGGGGGCGUGGAGGGGUACAAGCUGCUGUUGUGUCUGUCUGGGGACAAGUCAUCAUGUCGUGAGAUGGGGGUUCAUAGCAACAGUCUCCAGGUAGGAGGUUUGACCCCUGGAUCAGAUUAUGACAUCACCGUCCUGAGCCUGCUGGUAUCAGACUUCAGCCAGCCUGUCACUACACAGUUCUCCGCACGUCCGGCCGGUGUGUGUUCCCUCUCUCUGCUCUAUGUUAACUCUUCCUGUGCCGUGGUGAGGUGGGACGCUGCCAUUGGCCAGUUUGACUUCCACAGGAUAACUGUUGGAAAUGGCUCGCAAGCACAUACGAUAGAGGUCUCCAAGGAGAGGCAGGUUGCUACAGUAACUGGGUUGAGGGAUGGCUGUAUGUACAACAUGAGCGUGGAGCGCAUUAGACGAGGAGAGGCAGGGACAGCUGCCUCCCUAACUGUUACCACAGUGCCGGGCCGUGUGCGUGGUGUAAAUGUGGUUAGUGUGUCUGCUCAGAACUUCUCUAUGCGUUGGGAGCAGUCAGAGGGGUGUGUGGACCAGUACCUCGUCAGCCUGCUGCCCAACCAAGGAACUGUCUCUGUCUACCGCACAGUCGACAGACUCGUACAGGCUGACGUAUCCAGUCUGAGUCCUCGAACAGUGUUUACGGUCAUGGUGACCGCCGCCUCCUCCUCCAACCUCAGCCCACCGGUCAGCCGUAUAAUCAACACCAACAAGACCGCCCCAACAUCCCCUCCCACCAAUCUAGAGGGGGAGAGGGUGGGCUCCAAUGGGAUCCUUCUGUCUUGGACCAUGCCCUCUGACUCCCGCGUUGAUGGUUAUGUCAUCAGGUACAAAGAGGUGUGUCCAUAUCCAGACCCCACCUUCAAAGAGGUGACCAAACACCUGGACAUCCCUGAGACCCUUCUCAACCUCUUCUUACCAGGGUCUACCUAUAACAUCAAGGUUGCAGCAGAAAACUCUGCUGGUAUUGGACCCUAUAGCAAGUCUCUGUACAUCAAAACUGCUGAGGCUCGUAGGUAUCCACAAAUAACAUACAAACACACACACACACACACUUACACAAACAGACGCUGUAACCCUUUGUCAGCCCCAGGCCUGGUGACUAACCUGACAGCGUUUGCUGAGAACCACACGUUUGUAGUGGUCACUUGGCUCCUGCCACUCCGCAUCAACGGUCUGAUCACCAAGUUUGCGGUCAAAGCCAAACACGCUCGUACUGGUCAGACCGUCCGCAUACUGGAGCUGGAUGCUGAGGACAUCAUGACUGGAGCGCUACCACACUGCAACGAUGCAGCAGACAUUCUGUCUCGUGGGACCCCCAGUCCGUCAGAGGUGACAGCUCUGACAGCGUCCUCUCCUCCCGUCACCCUGUCAGCCGUCCCGCCCGCCGCCACCUGGGCCGUACCAAUAUCCGUAGGGGUGGACCAGCUGCGACCUUACACGGCAUACGUCUUCGAAGUGUCCGCUUUCACCUCCGACGGAGAGGGACAGGUCGCCUCCACCAUGGUCCGCAUGCCUGAGUCAGCCCCAGAGGACCCCCCCCACAACCUGUUGGUAUGGAACGUGACGUCUAAGUCGUUCUCUGUCUCCUGGGAUCCCCCAACCAUCGUUACCGGACGUUUCAGCUACGUUAUCUAUCUCUAUGGCCCUACAGGGUUUAUCUAUGAGAACAGCACAUGGGACCUGAGGUUUGUGUACUCUGGUCUGACACCCUACACACGCUACAGAGUGGCGGUGCGGGCCAAGUCUGCUGGCCAGCUGGGGCCUGAGGCCUUUACUGCUGUACUGACACCUGCUGAGGCUCCCAGUGCAGUGCAGGCUCUGCAGGCAGUAGCAGUAGACUCUGUGUCGGUGCGUGUGAGUUGGAGAAGUCCUGCCCAGCCCAACGGUCUGAUCACACAGUACAGACUCCUGGUUCUUUCUGACAACACACUGCUGCAGGACAUCACCCUCACUGGAACACAGGAUCUAAAUUACACUGAUCUCCUUGGUGAUGGAACGUUUGCUGCUGUUAUCCCUGACCACUCUCUCCGGCGUAAGAGAUCAGCUGACAGCCUGACCACCUCCCCACCUGCGUUCACGGUCACCCUCCCCGACCACACGCUCAUCACCGGCAUGACCAGGACUGCAAUCAGCUUCACACACAGCGCUCCAACCAGCCCUAACACUAACUUUGAGCACAACAGCAACACUGACCCGACAGUCACUGAGGGCUCCAGUCUGGCCAGUAUGGCCCCUGGGGCUGGCCAGACCUCUGACUUUCCAGACUCCACCCCUCUGACCUCUGACCAUGUGACUUCAGAGACCUCUUCCCUCUCCCUAACCACCUCACCCCCGGCCACACCCCUCCCCUGGCUCACUGCCCACCCACAGCCCAGCCAGCUCACCUCUGGCAAGCCCCACCUCUCUACCCGCUCUGCACCUGCAGCCACUGGACACCUCCAGACACUCCUGACAUACCUCUUCACCAGGGCUGCUGCAUCCAGCACCCCAGGAAGAGUGUAUGUGAGGGACAAGGUCAUAGACAUACAGGCUAAGGAGCUGUCUUACCUAGUCUCUGGUCUCAGUCCCUUCACUGACUACACCUUCACUGUUACCUCGGCUACUACUAUUGGAGAGGGACCUGCAACACGCGUCACUGAGAAGACUGGCGAACAGGUUCCUAGCUCAGUGGUAGGAGUGUCCUAUCAGAAUGUUAGCUCCACCUCUAUCCUGGUCAGCUGGACUCUGCCCCUCAACCCCAAUGGACGAAUCACACACUACACUCUCUACGGACUCAACCUACACAGCAACCGGGCCCUGCAUAGAAUUACACACAACACCAGCAUACUGCUCACAGGGCUGGAGAAGUAUACAGGUUAUAAACUGCGAGUGGCUGCAUCUACUGCUGUAGGAGAGAGCUCUCUGUCUGACCUAGACGAUAUUUUCGCUGUCACACCCGAGGAUGAACCUGACACCCCGCCUGUAGGGUUAACAGUGGUAGACACCUCUCCCUCCACCACCACCCUCUCUUGGUCGCCCCCGGAGAGAGCCAAUGGGGUGAUCCAACAGUAUGAGGUUCUGUACGAGAACCAAUCGUAUGUGGCAGUGUUGAACAGCUCUAUCCCCAGAGUGACUCUGACAGGGCUAAGGCCGUUUUCAUACUAUAAUGUCUCUGUCAGAGCAUACACACGCAUCGGACACGGGAACCACACCUCAGACACACUCACUAUGCUGUCUGGGGAGGACGUUCCGGGUAGUCCUUCCUACGGCCUGUCCUACGUGUCUGUCAGUUCCAAUGAGGUGAACGUGACAUGGGAGCACCCCCUGGUGCCCAACGGAGUUAUCACACACUACAGCCUUGAGCUGCGAAACUCCUCCCACUUCCUCAACCUGACCACACCCAUCAACCACGCCCAGAUCACACACCUGAGGAAGUUUGCGCAAUACACUCUGGUGGUGAAGGCACACACACGUAUUGGCUCCGGAAACCACAGCAGUGACCCUCUCAACAUUACCACUCUGGAGGACGUGCCCAGUGAUCCGGUCCACAACCUCAGUGCUCAGAUCUUCAGUUCUACGGCCAUCAUUGUAAGCUGGGACCCGCCUAUGGAACCUAACGGACGCCCCUUCUACCUGCUCACCCUGCAGGAGGCUGGACUCCCCCUUACCACUGAACCCCUGAACCCCCCUAAACCUAACAGCAACCCCCCCGGACCCCCCGCUGUCAACAAUACCAUCACCAAGAUAACCAAUGACAACGUCUUCCUGUUUACCAAACUCAGGAAGUACUAUCCCUACGUCUUCACUGUUACCCCGGCAACCAGUGCCGGCCCCGCCCACAACCACACCAGCCUGCUGCACGUAAGGACCGAUGAUGAUAUCCCCAGUUCAGCUCCAGUGCUGGUGUCCAGUAGGAACCUGUCGUCCUCCUCAGUGUCUGUGGUGUGGCAGCGCCCCCUGGAGACCAACGGAGAGAUAACUGACUAUUCCCUCACCCUGUUCGGCCCUGGAGGCUCCAACACCACACACACCCCCAACACCACCCUCACACUCACACUGCUGCUGCCCUACACAGCCUACAACCUCUCUAUCACCGCAGCCACCCGCAAGGGCUCCGGACCCCCGCUACUACUGAUGCUGCACACAGACGAAGCAGGUCCGAUGUCUCCACCCCGGAACCUGUCUCUGUAUAACCACACAGCCUUCUCUGUGUGGCUGACCUGGGAACCCUCUCUGGAACCCAACGGUGUGGUCACACACUACGGCUUCAGGAUCCUGGAGAACAACACAAACACACUCACUUACCAAAACUCUACAGGUCCGUGGACAGAAGGACAGCUGAGUGGGAUCCGGCCUCACAGCUCCUAUGAGAUCAGUGUGUUUAGCUACACCAGAGUGGGUCAUGGAGACCAGUACAGCACUCCUGUGUCCUUCACAACCAAUGAAUCAGUGUCAGAGGUGGUGGGUAACCUGUCCUGCUCUGGUCUGGGCUGGGACUCUGUGUUUCUACACUGGGAGCCUCCAGUCAACCCCAAUGGACUCAUCCUGUACUACCAGGUGGACACACGCUCACAGGCAUACAUACACCAGGCUUACACAAACCAGUAUACGGUCAGCGGGCUGGCGCCGGACGCAGAAUUCACACUCACCGUGACGGCUGUCAACUCUGCCGGCCCAGGUGACCAGAUCAACUGUACUGCCUACACACACCCCGAGUCAGUUCCUGGUGUCCCUCGCUUCCUGAGUGUGUCAGAGGCCACAGCCACCAGUGUAACGCUCCAAUGGGCUCCUCCCCUCUCUGCUCUGGGCAUGCUCACUGAGUACCGCAUCACCGUGCAGCUGCUGUCACCCGACUGCCAGUCUGACACACCCCUAGCUGAGGCCACACCCCUUCCAGAGCCGACCGCUACCCUGGCUCCAGGCUGCGUCCAUCAGGAUGUGUUGGUGUCAGUGAAUGGUUCUGAUGGUGGUGAGGGCAACAGGAGCAUCACUCUACAGUCUCUGGCCAAGUACCGCCUCUACCGCUUCAGAAUCACAGCCCUUACGAAUGCUGGGCCAGGAGAACACACACCCUGGAAAUACACACACACACUGGCUGGGAACCCUGAUGCCCCUCCCAGUGACCUGUCAGUGACCAUGUCCUCCAACAGCCUCCGUAUCCAAUGGCAACUCCCAGAUGUGAUCACCGGCCCCACCUCCUACCUCAUAGACGUCCUCUCUCUGGAUAGCGAGGGGUUAAACCAGUCUGUGGUACGCAGUCCAGAGGAGCUGAGGAUUGUAGUUGUGUCAAACCUGACUGCGUUCACUCGCUACUCUGUGACCGUGACCGCCUUCACUGGAUCACUGGAGAACGCACGGCGGGACGGACAGGCCACUGAGCCCACUGUCAUCAGAACAAUGGAGGAAGAGCCCAGGGAUCCUCCUAAGAACGUGACCCUGCAGGUGAUUCCGGAGGAAGUGACCCGUGUGUUUGUGACCUUUGCCCCCCCUGAGGAACCCAAUGGGAACAUAAGUUCCUACACAGUGCUUGUCUACCGCCAGGGCCAGCUAGAGAUGACCAUUAACCACCUCAAUGUGGUCAAAUAUAAGAACCGCACUCUGACCGCAGUCAUCGACGGGCUGAAGGGAGGCUACAACUAUAGUAUACGGAUAGCAGCAGUAAACGGAGCAGGUUUAAGCCCCCCCAGCUCAGAGGUUCGGAUCACUACUGGAAUCAUAGCUCCUGCCAAGCCCACCCAGAGACCCCAGGCUGUGCUGGACCGAGGAGGAGUUGCCAUGGUAACCUCCAGGAGCAUCAUUGUUCGCAUGCCAGCCUGUUUCUACAGUGAUGACAACGGACCAAUCAGUAGCAUCCAGAUCAUCGUGGCAGAAUCUGGGGUGAUGGACAGCAGGAACCUAACCAACUGGAAGAUGGCAUUCCUCUCUCGUCCCGCCCCCUACCUGACUGACAAUGGCUUCCCCAACCCACUCUGUGUGAGGGACGGCGAAAGCAGGGACUCACACACACAAACCAGCAGACACAACAACUCACAGAUUAGACACAGAAUUGUGAGGGACAGGGUGCUGGACCGUAGAGACCACCAGGAAGACCACUAUGUUAUCGGAGAGGAGGGCAACUGUCUGACGGAGGAGUACAGUAACACACUCUGUAACGGACCCCUCAAACCAAACACUGUCUACGUGUUUAAAUUCCGAGCCACCAACAUCCGAGGCCAGUACACAGACUCUGACUACUCUGAGCAUAUCAGAACCACAGUGGAUGGGUUGUUGACCAGAGAUGAACAGAUCAUUCUGGGAGUUCUCCUCUCCUUCUUCCUGGCCGUGCUACUCAUCAUCAUCAUCUAUGCCUCUGUCAGGAUCCGUCAGCGUCAGAAGGAGGGAGGGACCUAUUCUCCCCGGGAGGCGGAGAUUAUAGAGACCAAGUUUAAACUGGAUCAGAUGAUCGCUGUGGCCGACCUGGAGUUGAAGGAAGAGAAGCUACACCGGUAUUCCUCCUUCUUCUUUAGACGGAAGGAGAUAUUUGUCAUCCAACUUCUCAGCUACAGAAAGUCUCUCAAGCCCGUCAAUAAGAAGUCUUUUCUGCAGCAUGUAGAGGAUCUGUGUGCCAACGAGAACGCCAAGUUCCAGGAAGAGUUCGCAGAGCUACCCAAACUGCUGCACGACCUGGCUACAUCAGAUGCUGACCUUCCCUGGAACAGAUCCACGAACCGCUUCACUAACAUCAAACCCUACAACAACAACCGUGUUAAGCUGCUGUCUGAACCUGGCCUGCCUGGAUCUGACUACAUCAACGCUAGCUUCAUCUCAGGCUAUCUGUGUCCCAGUGAGUUCAUAGCGACCCAGGGUCCUCUCCCCGGUACUGUGGCUGACUUCUGGAGGAUGAUCUGGGAGACUCGCACACAAACCAUUGCUAUGCUCACACAGUGCUAUGAGAAAGGAAGGAUCCGGUGUCACCAGUACUGGCCAGAAGAUAAUAAGCCGGUGACAGUAUUUGGGGACAUCAUCAUCACCAAGUUGACAGAAGACGUCUAUCCUGACUGGACCGUCCGAGCUCUCAAAGUGGAGAGGCAUGGGGACUACAUGGUGGUUCACCACUUCAACUACACCUCCUGGCCAGAGCAUGGUGUACCCGAGUCUAGCACCACACUCAUACAGUUUGUUCGAGCCAUCAGAGCCAACAGGCAUGAGAACACCACUAUAGUGGUGCACUGCAGUGCUGGCGUGGGCAGGACAGGAGUGUUUAUAGCGCUGGAUCACCUGAUCCAACACGUUAGUGAUCACGACUUUGUGGACAUCUACGGUCUGGUGGCUGAACUCCGCAGUGAGAGGAUGUGUAUGGUGCAGAACCUAGCCCAGUAUAUGUUCCUACACCAGAGUACUCUGGACCUGCUGAACAGUAAAGGAAACAGCCAGUCCAUCUGGUUUGUUAACUACUCUGCUCUGGAGAAGAUGGACUCACUGGAUGCUAUGGAGGGUGAUGUUGAACUGGAAUGGGAGGAGACUACGAUGUAAAGGCUGAGAACUUCUCAGUCAACUUCACACCUGAUAAACACACCUAUUCCUGAGUCAUGGGGCCAAAUCCUGGACAUACUGACUGUUUGUCAGAUGGAUUGGUCAACCAGAGAUAGAGGGAGAGAAAGAGGGAGGGAGGGAGGGAGAGAGGAAGGAGAGAAGUUGCCCUUUUCUGGCAGGAGAGUCAAAACCACCCAACAGAACCUGGUGGUUCCCUGGCCUGAAUCAACACAGCAUUGCAACCCUCUUGGAGCCCUCCAUCUUUUCUAUGUCGUCAGGCAGAACAGACGGAGUGGGAGAUACAUGUGUAUAUAUAUAGUAGGGCUGUCAGAGUUAACCAGUUAACUCAAGUUCACUUUUUGUCAUUUUAGUGCACACAUUUUUUUUGUUAUCGCGUUUAAUCACGUCUGAAAGUGUUGAAAAUAGAAUGAAAACAUCCAAAAUACAUCAUGCAUACAGCUAAAAACCACAAUGUGAUGUCCAAACAAGUUGACAUUGAGGUUAAAGAACAUGUGUUUUAUCAAUUUACCUGAUUUGAAUUAUUGUUACUUUGGACAAAAUCAAGACGUCAAUAUUUUUGUAAUGCUUUUUGUAUGAAUAAUCUUAAAUUACAGCCCAAUUUUAACAAUGCCGAUUAAUCACAGCAAAUCCUGCGAUUAACACGAUUACAUUUUUUUUCUUAAUUUGACAGCCCUAAUAUAUAGGCUAUAUAUAUCACACAUGUAAGUAUACAGGUAUCUUGCACUAGUCAUACCACUGUGUAUUUUAUUAUAUUCUUGUAUCAUGUUUUUGUACAUUUAAGUUGUUCAGCCAAAUAAGUGUUGUCACUGUGUUCAUCUGUUUGUGUCACUGUGUUACUAUGUUACUAUCAUCGUGUUACUAUGUUACUAUCAUCGUGUUACUAUGUUACUAUCAUCGUGUUACUAUGUUACUAUCAUCGUGUUACUAUGUUACUAUCAUCGUGUUACUAUGUUACUAUCAUCGUGUUACUAUGUUACUAUCAUCGUGUUACUAUGUUACUAUCAUCGUGUUACUAUGUUACUAUCAUCGUGUUACUAUGUUACUAUCAUCGUGUUACUAUGUUACUAUCAUCGUGUUACUAUGUUACUAUCAUCGUGUUUGGGGGAUAAUUUAUUUGUGGGGUGUUAUGGUUUAUUUCAUGUAUUUUCUCUGAGUGUUCUACAUCUGUGUUUUGGACAAGUAAAAUCAACUCCCCUA